UCAGUGGGACUUUUGCUUCCAGUAAGCAGUGAGCAAUGACUGUGGGACUGCCCCAUUAACUCUUCUUGCUUAGCUAUAAAUGCAGACAGAACUGGAAUGAAGCUGUUCUUCUCUGUGGCAACACAGCCAAGGAGAUUUUAAACCAAGGAUCAGUCACUCAAAAACCACUGAGGCAGAGUUUUCUGAUGAGGGGGCGCACAAGGCACUAGGACCUAGGAGAAGUCUCAUCCACCCUGGCAGGAAUUUCUUGCUUGGAGCUCAGACAACAAAGGCAGAGGGAGCUUGGUUUUCUUUCUCUCAGCAUCUCCACCCUGCGAGCUGAAAACCGCUUCAGAUCUUUAGGGGUCACCAAACUAUGGAACUUGAUUUUGGACACUUUGACGAAAGAGAUAAGGCGUCCAGAAACAUGCGAGGCUCACGUAUGAAUGGCUUGCCCAGCCCCACUCAUAGUGCUCACUGUAGCUUCUACCGAACCAGGACCUUACAGGCACUGAGUAAUGAGAAGAAAGCAAAGAAGGUGCGUUUCUAUCGCAACGGGGACCGCUACUUCAAGGGGAUUGUAUAUGCUGUGUCCUCUGACCGCUUCCGAAGCUUCGAUGCUUUGCUGGCUGACCUGACCAGGUCCCUGUCUGAUAACAUUAACCUGCCUCAGGGAGUUCGUUACAUCUACACGAUUGAUGGAGCCAGAAAGAUCGGGAGCAUGGAUGAACUGGAAGAAGGGGAAAGUUACGUCUGUUCAUCUGACAACUUUUUCAAGAAGGUGGAGUAUACCAAGAAUGUGAACCCCAAUUGGUCUGUCAAUGUGAAGACAUCAGCCAACCAGAAAGCACCUCAGUCUCUGGCCAGCAGCAAUAGCGCUCAGGCAAAGGAGAACAAGGAUUUUGUGCGGCCCAAGUUGGUGACCAUCAUCCGUAGUGGGGUGAAACCCCGAAAGGCUGUUCGUGUGCUCUUGAAUAAGAAGACUGCGCACUCGUUUGAGCAAGUUCUUACUGAUAUCACUGAAGCUAUAAAACUGGAGACAGGAGUGGUCAAAAAGCUGUAUACUUUGGAUGGGAAACAGGUGACCUGUCUCCAUGAUUUCUUUGGGGAUGAUGAUGUGUUUAUUGCCUGUGGUCCAGAAAAAUUCCGCUAUGCGCAGGAUGAUUUUUCUCUGGAUGAAAGCGAGUGCCGAGUAAUGAAAGGGAGCCCUUCAACUGCUGCAGGCAGCAAGUCAUCCCCAACACCACAGAAGAGCUCAGCAAAGAGCCCUGCCCCUAUGCGCCGGAGCAAGUCUCCAGCCGAUUCAGGUAACCAACAGGAUGCAAAUGGUACAUCAAGCAGUCAGCUCUCUACACCCAAAUCCAAGCAGUCUCCAAUCUCCACACCAACCAGUCCAGGGAGCCUCCGUAAGCACAAGGACUUGUACCUGCCUCUGUCUUUGGACGACUCUGAUUCUCUUGGGGAUUCCAUGUAAAGGAACACAAUGCCAACUGUCCGUGCUACAAGCUCUGUUAAAAAUACAGUACAGUACUUCUGCCAAAUGAAGCAGAUAGGUGACUGGGUGCUUUCAAAUCAAUCAAAGGACACACAGUUCUAUGUAAUUUUUUUUUUCUGUGAUUUAUCUUCUGUGCCACAAAUCAACACUUAUCAACUUAUAGGGAUAGAGUGAUACCAUUCUGCUGGAUAACUUUACAGGGAUGCAUAAGGGGCAUUGCCAGCAAUCUCAGGCUAACAUGCCAGUGAUUUCCCCUUCUCUUGUAUUAGUUCUUCUUCUGCUCUAACUGCAUUAAUUUAUUAUUGGCUGUAGAGACAUUGAUAGCUCCCUACUAGUUCUACAGAAGUGAAUCCUGUUGAUUAUUCUAAAGCUAAAAGAAAACGAAUGUCCUUUUCUACCUUCUCACAAUGCUGAUGAAUACUAGCAGCUCUGUGACUGCAGAUCUGCUUCUCAUUUUGUGUCUGAUUUUCACACAUGCGUACUCUCUAUUGUCAAUGUCUGUUGCUGAAUAGCAGGAAAGGAAAUGGCUUAUUACCAUAAGAGGCUUAGGAUGCCAGCAGAAUGUGGAACAAAGAAUAUUGGACCAGUUUCAGAAAUGCUGCCUAAGACAGUGAGCAAAGUUUGUAUAGCACAAUGAUGACAUCAUAAAUUUAGAUAUUGGGACAUUUCUAAUAAGUAAGCUGAGAUAUAUAUGUCAGUUGAGUGUCUGGCAUGAACCAGAUUUAUCAUAAAACCCAAAGAUAAUGCUGGCUGAUAAUAAGUUAUUAUAUCUACUGCAUGGUAUCUCUCUAUCUCUGCUUAUAAUCUUAAUGCCUUGUAAACAUCCAACGCUGAAAACACUGUGAGAAUUUGUUUUCAGGUCUGACACCUCUAGGUCGCUUUUUAUAGCAAGA